AUCCUGUCUUGCAUGGCCUCGCUCAUGAUUCUCUUCAUGAUGGACCAGAGCUACUACCCACACGACGAGGUCCUGGAGUCUGAAAACUGGAAAAAAAUGGUCUACCUGGGAGGCCCACCUCCAGAGCCCUUCCUGACACCCCGGCCUGAUGCCUGAACGGGCAGAGGGAUGUUCUCAGCCUGGAGACUCCAGCUCGGCGGAGGAACAAAGGGCUCCCAAUUCCACUGCUGUUCCGAUGAAGAUGGCCAGUUCCUCUGGCUCCUGGCUCUCCGGGUGCCUCGUCACACUCAUCUCCCUCCAGCUGCCCUCGCAGGCGUCAGACCGCCUAGUGCCUUUUUCCGUCCAUCCGCACCUCGCAGGGGAUGCCGGCCAGUCCCGCCUGGCCCCGCUGGGGGGCACCGCCGAGCUGCUCUGCCCUCUCGUGCUCUGGCCGGCCACCGUGCCCGUGGAGGUGAGGUGGCUGCGGUCCUCCGCGCCUGGGCACCCCCAGCGCGUUCACCUGUUCCGGGAAGGGAAAGACCUGGAGGAAGGCGUGAUGCCGGAAUAUAAGGGGAGGACAGCGCUGCUGAGAGACGCCCGAGACGGAAGUGUCACCCUGGAAAUCCGCGACGUCAGGCUGGAGGACCGAGGGCAGUACAAGUGUCAGGUCCAGAUCGGAAACCUGAGUCGAGAGGGCGUCGUGACGCUGCAGGUUGCAGUUCUAGGCUCCGAGCCUUACAUCCACGUGCAGAGCUAUGAUGCUGGAUGGAUCCAGCUGGUGUGCAAGUCGGCAGGAUGGUUCCCGAAGCCUUGGGCCCAGUGGAGAGACCCUCAGGGCAAGGUGUUUCCAUCGCUGUGGGAGACCCAUUCCCUGGAUGAAGCUGGCCUCUUCCGAACAGCAGUGUCCAACAGAGUCAGAGACAGCACCCUGGGGAAUGUGUCCUGCACCAUCCAGAACGUGGCCCUCGGCCAAGAGAGGACCACAGCUAUGGUCAUAGCAGCCCCAUCCCCAGGGAGUUUCUCCUCAUCGGAAGUGGCUCUUGCUGUCAUCCUACCUCUCCUGGGGAUUCUCAUCGUUUUGGGCGUUUACUUCAUCUGGAAGCAAAGAAGGUCCAGAGAUAGUCUUCUGUUUGAACAGGCAGUGGAGGUAGAAAAUCUUCUCUCAGACCAUGCCAAAGAAAAAGGAAGACUCCGUAAAGCCCUCAAGAAACUCCGGAGUGAAUUGAAGUUAAAAAGAGCUGCCGCAGACUCAGGCUGGAGAAGUGCCCGGCUACACUUUGUGGCGGUGACCCUGGACCCAGACACGGCGCACCCCAAACUCAUCUUGUCUGGGGACCGGAGAUGCGUGAAGCUUGGAGACACGAGGCAGCCCGUGCUUGACAACCCGCAGAGGUUUGACUUCGUGGUCAGCAUCCUGGGCUCCGAGCACUUCACGGCUGGCUGUCACUACUGGGAGGUGUCCGUGGCAGACAAGUCCAAAUGGGCCCUGGGGGUGUGCAGUGAGUCCGUGAACAGGAAGGGGAAGGUCACCGCCUCGCCCGCCAACGGACACUGGCUCCUGCGGCAGAAUCGCCAGGGUGAAUACGAGGCGCUCACAUCCCCGCCGACCUCCUUCCGCCUGAAGGAGCCCCCGCGCUGUGUGGGCGUCUUCCUGGACUAUGAGGCCGGAGUGAUCUCCUUCUACAACGUGACGGGCCGAUCCCACAUCUUCACGUUCACCCACAGUUUCUUCGGCCCCCUUCGCCCCUUCUUUGAGCCCUGCCUUCACGAUGGAGGGAAAAACAUCGCCCCUCUAGUCAUCUGUUCUGAACUCCAGAAACUGGAGGAACCAACUGUCCCCAAGCCAGAAGAAAGAGGCCGUGCCAAUGGAGACGUGGCGCUGGUGGUGGCCCCCUCCCUGCUCCCCGCUCAGGCCCCCGAGCUCGGCCCCCUCAGGGAUGUGGUCCUGGCCUGGCCCUCUGACGUCACCCCAGCCCUUCAGGGGCUCAGCGUUCCUUCUUUUUAGGGAGGCGCCUCUUCACCUGCUCCUCGGACCCUCCAGCCCGGGGCCCAGGGCUUCAGCCUCCUGGCCCAGCACCUGACUUCCGGGCCAUCUCUUCUCCUUUCCCCCAACCCAGGUCCCUUCGUGGUUUCUUCCUCCCACCUUUCUCCCAGGGCUCCCGUCUAAACCCUGUCUUCCUGCUGGGAACGCAACGUUCGCUCGCCUUGUCCUGGGAGAAUUCCUAAAAUCUAAUGAACGACCGGAUUAGGGUUAGGUGGCAGUGUUGGAUGCGUGACACUGAGACACAGGGGCUCUCCACUUAGGCUGCUAGUCAUCAAGUUAUGAUGCCCUGUCUUGACGGCUUAGGUAUCCCGACAAGAAUUGCUUUUCUCCUUCUCUCAGGUCAGGCCUCUGGUCCCCAAAGCCAGCUUUUUCAAGGUAAACCUGUCUGGAUUACACAGCCUUCUUUCUUCUGGAACACGGGGCCGGGACCAGAGAGAUUUUGUGAAAAGCCACCCUUUUCUGUUUCCUCAAAGUGUCUACGGCAUCGUUUGGUGACAUCCAGAGCUAAUGGACAUGUUUUCAAAGCUAACGUGGUGAUAACCAGGUCUGGGAACUUUAAACGUGAUGGCUGUAAUCCUGAGAAACCCCCGGAAUGCAGUCGGGAAGCUGGGAAACACGGCUUCAGACGGAGCGAGCGGCCCAGCUGUGUGCGUGCCCUUGAAAAGGCGGCCGUGGGUGAGGGAUUCUGUGGCACUAGCCCCUUUGAACCCUCUUUGGGAUUCAGAGAGGCCCACUAGAAAAAGGGGCAGUUUUCACUAUCAACAUAGAAGUUUUUUUCCCAUUAAGACCAUUCUAUUGGAAGACCUGACUAUUUGUGUAGCAAACAGCCUCUUAGGUGAGAGUACUGAUUUCAAAUAGGAAGUUGGUAGCCCAGGGGUGAGCAUAAACUAAUGAAUCUGCUUUUUGGGUGGGGACUGCAGAAAGAGGCCUAGUCACACUGCAUGUGGAUCUGACCUCUUUGUGAAGAUACUGGCUAGGCUGUGCCUUUGUGGAUGGGCACACAGUUCUGCCCAACAGAAAAUGGGUCUGUCUGUCAAAGGUUCUCCCUGUUGGUGCUGUAUUAGGGGUCUCUAGAGAAACAGAGUAUGUAUAGCUACACAUGGCCAGAAGACUAUGUAUAGUUGUUAUGAGGAAUUGGCUCACACAAUUAUGGAGGCUGGCAGGUCCCAAGAUCUAGAGGGUUAGCCAGCAAGUUGGAGGCCCAGGUGAGCCAGUGGUUUAGCUCCCAUCCAAGUCUGAAGGCCCAAGACCCACGAGACCUCAUGGUAUAAUUCCGAUUUGAAGGCUGAGAGGCUUGCGACCUAGGCAAAACCAAUAUUGCUGUUUGAGUUUGAAAGUAGGAAAAAGGUUGAUGGUUCACUCAGUCUGAAGGCUGUUAGGCAGGAGGAAUUUUCUCUUACUUGGAGGAGUGGUCAGCCUUUUGGUUCCAUUCAGGCCUUCAACUGAUUGGAUCAGGUCUACCCACAUUAGAGAGAGCAAUCUACUGUCCCCUGGCUACCUACCAAUUUGGAUGUCAAUCUCAUCCAAAAACCCUUACAGAAUUGCUCAGACUGAUGUUUGACCAGAUGUCUGGGCACCCCACAGCCCAGUCAAGGUGACACAUAUAAUUAACUAUCACAGCACCCAAGUGGAAUUUGUCGUUUGCUUUUGUGCAGUCCUUAAAUAAAAGUUUGGUAUUCAUCCUGUUAUUUUCACUGUGAAUCCGAAGUUGUGGGGAAAGGCUUUGGGCUAGCAGGAGGAAAGCAUGUGAUAGGAUUGGUUUUUGGGCAGCCUUGAUUCCACUCAGGUAAGUUUUACCCGCAGUUAAACAUAAAGCCACAGUUUGCUUCUGAGUCUCUGCCUUCUUAGGAUUUCAUUUAUAUCAGUUUAUAAAAUAGUUGCAAAUAUGGGUCCUUUAUAUUUCCCUCAUCCAUAUUCAGUUUCAAACAUACUUUCGUGAGCAUCCCAAUCUUAAAAUUGAUUCACAUUGUUCACACUGGCUGCACCCAAGAAAACUUAACAGCAGGAAAGAGAACUGACAUUUGUGGAGGCAGAAGCUUUACAUAUAUUAACUUAUUUAAUCUCUACAAAAAUAAUUCUGCCAGCAAUUUUAUAGGGGAAGGAAAUAAUGCUCUAAAGGGUUAUGUAGUAGAACUGGGAUGAUAAAUCUAGUGUUUCUAGCUCUGAAGAUGAUACUCCUCUUUUUGCACUGAACUACUCUGAAGAUAUGAAAGACCUGUAGAAUUUUAGCCUACAUAUUCAAUUAGACUUUUUUUUUUAAAGUUAAACCCGGAAAAAAAAAAAAAAAAACCCUAAUCCUGGAUAUGCCUUAGUGGUCUUCUUGUGUCUGGAUUGAGGAAUGAACAGUCAGGUUUAAUUUCAAAGCACCCAGAAAAAUCCCUCUGCAGGGGCUUUGGAAAACUGAAGGUAGUUUCUUGGGCAGGAAACCUUUAGCUUCUCUGACAAAUGGACUGGAUUGGUUGAUCUUUAAACCCUCUUCAGGGAAGACACAAAUUAGGAGUAUGGGAUUAACAAAUACAAACUGCUAUACAUAAAACAAAAACCCAACAAGUAUUUACUGUAUAGCACAGGGAAUCAUACAAAGUAUUUUGUAAUAACCUAUAAUUUUGUAUAAUCUGUAAACAACAACCCCAAAUCACUAUGCUGUACUCCCACGAAAGUAACAAACUAUUACAAAUAAACUAUACUUGAUAUUGUUUAUAGUCAAUACAAACAAACAAACCAAUAAAUAGACCCCUUUCCGGUUCCACCAUCCUUUGACUUUAAAUUAUGAACCUCAAGUGACGUGCAGAACUCUGGUUUCAUGCGAUGUCAUCAAGGGUCAGAGUAAAGAAAUUCUGAGUUCAUGACCCCUUGGAGGUCAUGAAGGUUAGGUCGACAUAUUCUACAACUUCCCAGACCGGUGGCCCUGCAAGCUGGGCUUUUAACGCUGGAGCGCAGAAGGAAAUCCCAAGACCUUAAAGGGAACCCAGUUUCCAUCACUAAAUUCUAAACUUUACGAAUUUCUUCUCCACGGCCAAAAUCUUCGCAGAACUA